GUUUAUUUUAAUAUGUAUUAUGGAAAAGAAAAGUUAAAUGCAUUUAUUAAAUGUGAUUAAAACCAUGAAGAAGAACUUGCCCUUGCUCAGGAGCAUGAAAUAUGAUCGGAAUCUUUAGGGGCAGGGGUGAGAAAUGGCAGACCUUGCCGCUAUCCAUUCCAGACCAGCCCAUGCCUGUGAGGCCAGUAGCAGUUACUUGCUCCUGUUCACCCCUCUGCCUGCCCCCAAAUGCACCCACACAGUCAAAAGGCAGCUGGUAGGGAGAGACCACGACUUUUGUAACUAAGCACAGAGCAAAGAUUUCUCCAAUAAGAAGGCGGUACUUGGCUCUGGGAAGGGAGUUUGGAGGAGAGAGCAAUGCGGUUUGCGUGUUAAGGAGUAGAAGAGAGCCUGGGAGGCUCAGGCAUAGGAGGAAAGGAGGACUCUGCCUGUCUCUACCUAGUGCUCCUGUGCUCAGCAGGUAAUAGAAGACAUGGUGAGGACUGUGAUGUGAAAGGGAGGGUCGCCCCAAUUCUCAGUGCCGUAUCUGUGGGGGUGAUGUGUGAGCUUUACAGGAAAGAAGGGUGUAUGAGUAAAGGGCAGAGAGACGUAGCUGUUGGUCUCCAUGUGCGAGUUCAUUGUCCCUGUCCCUUGAUAGCUCAGCAGACCGCAAAGGGCCAUUUUUUCCAAAUGUUGAUAUUUCCCUACAUGUGGGGUUGUGUCAAGCAAGGGGAUGAGUUAUUUGAAGACCUGCGGGGCACAUUCUCAACACUCAGGAGUGACUUCUUGUCUGAUAAAAACACUCAGAGGAGGAAGAAGAUGAGAAGUCAGGACUUAAUCUAUUUCUGGAAAUAGACUAUCUGUUGAUUGUUCUGUCCUCUCCUUCCUGAAAUGCCGUUUUUAGGACAUGCUAAAGUCUUACUCUCAAAUAUCCUGCCUCACACAUUUCCGUACCCAUGGCCUCUCCUGUCUCCAGACCUAUCCCAUCUCCCCGUCAACCAGUGGCAUGGAAUUUAUGAAGGGAGAAAUGCUGCAUGCCCAGACACUGAUUAGAGACAAGGACUGGGCACCAUGGUCCCAGUAUGGAUUGCGUAGGGACCAGACCUGGAGACCAAGAUUAAGGACACUGCGCUCAUCAGUACCGAAUUAAUGUCAGGAGGACCUAAAAAAACCAUCGAAAAGAAUAUCAGUAAGAGGAAAGGUGUCUACCUAAUUGUGUAAUGGAUUUGAAUCGGUGUAUUUGGCCUCAAAAUAUUAAUGAUAUGUGGUAGAAGGGACACAUUAGAAACAUAGCCAUUGACAAAUUAAGGUGGCCUUUCAUCCACAUCAUGGGGUAUAUUUUGUUCUAUAAUUGUUUAAAAAUAGAAUCAACCCAAAUGUCUCACAGUAAAAGAACUUUAACAUUAUUCGCAGCACAUCUAUCCCAGGGAGACCUUAGUGUUCAUGGAUUUAUAGAAUUGGCUUCUCUGCAGAUAUUUGAAGAUUCCUCCUCUUUGGGAUUUACCUAUUGACAAGGAAAGGAUGUCCCUAAGGAGACAUUUCUUGAUGGCUUUAUCUUGAUUGGGACCCCUGUUAAUCAGAUUUGUCCUUUGGAUUACAACACUGAUGAGGUUGUCAACGGCAUUAAGAGAGAGUUCACCAUCAGAAGGAUGCAUUUCCUGGAAAGAGAAAGAAGCUCUGAACUCUGGAAUGUUGUGGCAGCAUCCUCAUUUAGAAAAAGUAAUGGAAGAAAUUGAAGCAUCUGAAUAAAUACGUGAGCAUACCUGGGCAGUGUGUGUACACAGACAAGGUUGAAGGAGUGGGAUGCAGUCUGGAGAUCUUCCAGCAAUGCUGUUUGAGAAGUUCUUGGCAAAUGCUUUGCCUCCUGUUGCUUGGACUGUGCGUGAGUGAAAACCCAGAAGAAGAUGGCAGGUGAUCUGGUUACAAUGGAAUCACAGGAAUCAGUGACCUUCGAGGAUGUAGCUGUAGACUUUACUCAAGAAGAGUGGGCCCUAUUGAACUCAUCCCAGAGAAAACUCUUCAGAGAUGUGAUGCUAGAGAAUAUUAGUCAUCUGGUCUCAAUUGGCAAUCAACUCCACAAAUCAGAUGUGAUUUCCCAUGCGGAACAAGAAGAGCAACUUUCAAGAGAAGGGUUAGGUUUUCUGCAAGGCCACAGUCCAGUCAUUUCAGGUAGAGAAGAUGAUCUGAAAAAACAAGAAAUGAUAUCCAUGCAACAUAUCUGCAAGAAGGACACAUCUUUAAUCUGUGCAAUGAGAUCUCACACUCAAGAGGAUCCUGUGCAAUGCAAAGAUUUCAGAGAAAAAUUUACUGAAAUCUUAACAUUGACUCAAUAUGUGAUACCUCAAGUGGGAAAGAAACCCUGUAUCAGUGAAGAUUUUGGAAAAGCUAUCAGUUACUUGUCAUCCUUUAAUCUACAUAAGCAAAUUCAUGCUAGAAGUAAAUCCCAUGACCGUCAUCAACAUAGGAAUACGUUUAUUCAAAGUCCUGCCCUGAGAGAACACCACAGUACUCAAACUGGUGAGAAAACAUUUGAAUGUCAUGUAUGUAGAAAAGCCUUUGGUAAAAGUUCUAACCUUAGACGACAUGAGAUGAUUCACACUGGAGUGAAACCACAUGGAUGUCAUCUUUGUGGGAAAUCCUUCACUCAUUGUUCUGACCUUAGAAAACAUGAGAGAAUUCACACUGGAGAGAAAUUAUAUGGAUGUCAUCUGUGUGGGAAAGCUUUCAGUAAAAGUUAUAACCUUAGGCGACAUGAGAUGAUUCACACUAGAGAGAAACCAAGUGAAUGUCAUCUAUGUGGGAAGGCCUUCGCUCAUUGUUCUGACCUUAGAAAACACGAGAGAACUCACUUUGGAGAGAAACCCUAUGGGUGCAAUCUAUGUGGUAAAACAUUCAGUAAAACUUCUUACCUUAGACAACAUGAGAGGACUCACAAUGGAGAGAAACCAUAUGAAUGUCAUCUAUGUGGGAAAGCCUUCACUCACUGCUCUCACCUUAGAAAACAUGAGAGAACUCAUACGGGGGAGAAACCAUACGAAUGUCAUGUAUGUGGAAAAGCCUUCACUGAAUCAUCUGUUCUUAGACGACAUGAGAGAACUCACACUGGAGAGAAACCAUAUGAAUGUCAUCUAUGUUGGAAAGCCUUCACUGAUUCUUCUGUCCUUAAGCGACAUGAGAGAACUCACACUGGAGAAAAACCGUAUGAAUGUCAGCUGUGUGGGAAAGCCUUCAAUCACUCUUCUGUCCUUAGACGACAUGAAAGAACUCACACUGGUGAGAAGCCGUAUGAAUGCAAUAUAUGUGGUAAAGCCUUCAAUAGAAGUUAUAACUUUAGAUUGCAUAAGAGAAUUCACACUGGAGAGAAACCAUAUAAAUGUUAUAUAUGUGGGAAAGCCUUCAGUAAAUAUUUUAACCUUAGACAACACGAGAGAACUCACACGAUAAAGGUAAUAAAUGUGGAAGAGUCACCACCCAGAGCUUCAAACUAUAAACACUCUUAAGGAAGGAACACUAUGUUUAUAUUCAAUGUAUAAGAGCCUUUAUUCAUCCUUAUCACUUCACUCAAUUAAAGUUACUUCAAAGUUGGUAGAAUCCAUAUGUUUGUCACUAUAUAACAAAACCUUUGGCAGUAGACUCACCUGGAAGAAGUGAAACUAUAAAUGAAUGUGGAAGAAUCUUCAUCCACAACUGUAAAUGUUAAACUAAAUGGGUAAAUCACAUGUCAGAGAAAUUCUAUGUCUGCAGUCAGUGUAGAAA